CUGCGAACACCAGACGGAGGAUCCGGUUGCAAAUUUCCCAACCUGCGCUUCUUCGCUCCUGCUAACGCGAUUCUUACUUCGUUUGUCCAUAGACAACGGAACAAUUACUAAGUGCGACUGCGACGACCUCGAGACUUCUUGCAUUCAGUGUCUUAACUUCUAGACAGUCAUGUCCUACAAUCCCUACAACCAGGGGCCCUCAGCCGAGUCCGGCUACGGUUAUGGCCAGCCAGAGCAGCAUGAGAUGCAGCCGUACGGGCAGCCGUACGGACAGCCAUACGGCCAGCACCAACAGCAAUAUGGGCAGCAAGGCCAAUACUCGUCUUACCAACCGCAGAGAGACCAAUACGGGUCGCCUUACGCGCAGCAACAGGAGUCACAUGGCGCUCAGCAACAGCAGCAGGCGCCGGGCGGAAGCGUCCUUUCACAGACCGAGUUUCUGCAGCGGGUAUCCGCCAUACGCAAAGACAUAGAGGGCCUCAAGACGAGCAUCCAGAACGUUGCAACGCUGCACCAGGCCGCGCUUGCCAGCAGCGACAGCUCGGCGCAGCACCAGCUGGACGAUCUGGUGCAGGCAACGCAGAUUAAGAACACGUCUAUCCGGAGCCAGAUCCAGACGCUCAAGGCCGACACGGAGCGCACCAGGGACGGCACCUUUGCCAUCAAGAAGCGCCAGUUUGAAAGCCUCAACGACGACUUCAAGGACGCCAUCCAGAAGUUCCUGCAAGAGGAGCAACUGUACAGGGAGCGCUACCGCGAGCAGAUCGCCCGGCAGUACCGCAUCGUCAACCCGGACGCCUCCGAGGAGGAGGUUCGGCAAGCGGCCGACGCCGACUGGGGUGAUGAGGGCAUUUUUCAGACUGCGCUACGCACCAACCGUUCGGGCCACGCGAACGCGGUGCUGGGCAACGUGCGGGCGCGGCACAAUGACAUGCUCAAGAUUGAAAAGUCCAUCACGGAGCUGCUCGAGCUGCUGCAGGUGCUCAACACGCUCAUUGUCGAGCAGGGCGUCGUCAUCGAGGACGUGGCCCAAAAGGCCGAGCAGACGCACGACAACCUGGGCACCGCAAACACCCAGAUCACCCAGGCCGUCCACCACGCCCGCCGCAGCCGCCGCCUCAAGUGGUGGUGCUUCGGCAUCGCCGUCCUCAUCGCCAUCGUCAUUGCCCUCGGCGUCGGGCUCGGCCUCACCCUGACGCGCAACACGACGCAGAAUGCUACCGGUGGUGGUGGUGGUGGUGGCGGUACGCAAUGAAUUGGGUUGGAUUGAGUCCGCUGUGAAGGACCAAUGGAAGGGGAGAGAGGAAGGGGGUUUCAAUGGUGAGGAAGGAGCCGGUGGUUUAUGACGACGUGAUUUGUCUCCUCUAUUUUCUCUUCACCGCUUGCACUCUCAUUCUUUACAGGCGGCUGUCUACACAAGUCCCGUUUUCAGGCCGCGACAUACCUGCAAACGAAUGCAGUGGCAGCGCAGUCCAUUUCACGCCCGUUGCUUACAAACUUCGGGCCAUAAUAUGCAUGACUUAAGGGUCUGGGGAAGGGGGUCGUUUGGGGAUACAAAGUGUUUGGGCGCAAAUGUACCGGAUGUACGGAUCUCCAUGUAGUCUAUGGACUCAGAUAUGACUGAUACAGGCCGAUAUUCAGUACUCGGCAUCCACAUUCAUGAAAUUGAUCUUGGUGACGGCAUGAGCUCUAAAAAGCACCUAUUUUCCUUGUCUUGAGCAUC